AUGCCGACAUCUCCACUGAUGAAGCUAGAAGGGGAUUCUUUUUCUGGACAGGAUUUUGACCUGAGAGAGGACAACCCUGAGACAGCUCGACAGCACUUCAGGCAAUUUCACUACCAGUUGAUGUCUGGGCCCCAUGAGACUAUGAGACAACUUAGAAAGCUAUGCUUUGGCUGGCUUAGGCCAGAGAUUCACUCAAAGGAGCAGAUCUUGGAAAUGCUUAUGCUGGAACAGUUCUUAAGCAUCUUACCUGGGGAAAUCCAAACCUGGGUGCGGAAACAGUGUCCAGAGAGUGGAGAAGAAGCAGUGACAUUGGUAGAAGGCCUACAGAAAGAUCCUGGGAAAUUGUGGCAGUGGAUCAAAGUCCAAGUGCUUGGACAGGAAGCAGUUUCAGAAGAAAUGGAAUUACCAGAUAUCUCAGUGGAGCCUCAUACUAAGGUCAUGCUUCAGGAAGAAGGCAUACAGAAUUCACACUUGGCACUGGAGGAGCAGCUGAACUACAGCAUCAAAGAGGAGUCUGAUAACUCACUGGAGUUUGGUUUGCCAGUUUCCCAUCUUCCUACUAUUUCUGAAGGAAGUCCUACCAGAGAGAAUGAUGAGGCAGCUUCACUUCUUGCACCUGGAUCUCAGGAGCAGUGGCAGUACCUGAAUCACAUUCAGAAAGAGAUUUACUGGGAUGCCAUGCUGGAGGAUUAUGGGAAAGUGGUUUCACAAGGAAUUCCUGUUUCUAAACCAGACCUGACUAAUAUGGUAGAUGGAAGGGAAAAGCUUGAUGGAUCACAUUCUCUUGCAGAUAAAGAAAUUCCUAGAAACAUUUGCAUAGGAGACAGGAGAGAGAAUGACAAAGAGAAUCUUCACUUGGAAAAUAUAAGAGUUCAGGAAUCUCAUAAGAUCUGUUUCCAGCAAGCCUCAGAAAAGAUACCUUCACCGGCCCCCUUGAAUGAAUUCAUUGAGGAUGCUCUAAGAAGCUCUGGAGUAAGAAAAGAUCUUAUCAUCCAGGAAAAUCUUCAGGAUAGAAUAAAGGCAGAGAAAAGCCUUUCUUUGGAAAAGAAUUUAGGGAAACUCUUAGGUCAGCAUUUGGCUAGUCCAGUGGAACAAGUUUCCCAGUGGAAGGAGGAAAAGAAAGAGGUCUGCCAGAAGGGCCAGCUUCGAACUCUAGUGGGACAGAAGUAUAAUGUUACAAAUAGAUGUGUUGACUGUGGGAAAAGCUUUGCUCAGAAAUCUCAACUUGUCAUCCACCAAAAAAUCCAUACUGGAGAGAGACACUAUCAGUGUUCCACUUGUGGAAAAAGCUUCAGUCGGAGCUCAGACCUUAGGAAACAUCAGAGAAUCCACACAGGGGAGAAACCCUAUAAAUGUGAUUAUUGUGAGAAAGGUUUUAGUGAUUUCUCAGGAUUACGCCAUCAUCGAAGAACGCAUACAGGAGAGAAACCAUACAAAUGUUCUAUUUGUGGGAAAAGUUUUAUUCAGGGGUCAAACUUUAAGAGACAUCAGAGGGUUCACACAGGAGAGAAGCCUUUUAAAUGCUCUUGCUGUGGGAAAUGCUUCAGUUGGAGCUCAAGCCUUGAUAAACAUCAAAGAUCCCACACAGUAGAAAAAUCUUUUAAAUGA